AGUAUCAGGCCCAGGAUCAUAGCAUAUCCAUGUCGAGCGACGCGCUCUAAGAUUAUCUCUGCCUGAUUUGCGAGUGUGUCCGUCGGCCGCCGACUGCCUUGUUUCGCCGAAAAUGUGUCCGGGCGCCGAGCCGCAGUGACCCGACUCGCCAGCCUAAACCUUCUAGUUUUGAGAGAUGGCGUCGUCGCUGCCGUCGACGCCGACGAGCUCGCCGGUGUCGACGCCGGAGCUGCCGCAGCCGCGGCCGCUGCUGCCGAUUUUCGCGCUGCCGACGCUCAACUUCACGUGCAGCCAGGUGUCGGCCGUGUGCCAAACCCUGGAGGAGUCGGGCGACGUGGAGCGGCUGGCGCGCUUCCUCUGGUCGCUGCCCGUCGCCAACCCCAACUUCGUCGAGUUGUCGCGCACCGAGGCCGUGCUGCGCGCCAGGGCCAUCGUCGCCUUCCACAGCAACAACUUCAAGGAGUUGUACCACAUCCUCGAGCACUACAAGUUUUCCAAGGACAGUCACGCCAAGCUGCAGGCCUUGUGGCUCGAGGCGCACUACAUCGAGGCCGAAAAGCUGCGCGGACGACCCCUUGGACCCGUCGACAAGUACCGAGUCCGCAAGAAAUUUCCCCUGCCGCGCAGCAUUUGGGACGGCGAGGCAAAGACACAUUGCUUCAAGGUAAACAAUGAGCGGACACGGUCCCUACUGCGUGAGUGGUACCUGCAGGACCCGUACCCCAACCCCACAAAGAAACGCGAACUGGCCCUCGCGACAGGGUUGACCGCCACGCAGGUCGGCAACUGGUUCAAAAACCGCCGGCAGCGCGACCGAGCGGCCGCCGCCAAAAACCGGUUGCAAAACCGUGGCGGAAGUGGUGAGGCGUCGACGUCGUCGUCGUCGGGCGGCGCCGGCUCGUCCAAGCGGGACAUCGACAUUCUGGCCAACAGCGACUCGAACAGCUCGGACUCGUGUCUCAGCAUCGGCACCGACGAGGAGACGCACAAGUUGGUGUACCCGGUGCCGAGGAGCGGCGGCCUCCUCGGCCUGCCGCCGGUCUCGAUGGCCGGCUCUAGUCUCGGCCUCUUGCCCAUGUUGCCGCUCACCUCCCUGCGGCCGCCCAUCAUGACGGCGCCCCUCGCCGGCCUCCACCGACCCUUCACGCCGCCCCACGACCUCUCGUAAGAAAAAAUGCAAAGCAAAACUCUUAAUUAUGAAGUCAUAGAAAAAUCAAGUUUCUUUUCCACAACUUGUGCUACUCUUGUGUCGGAUAAUGUGCAAUAAAUUGAGAAAAAGAGGACCUGAUGAAGAGCCGAGUGAAAUUUCGUGAAUUUUAUUAUUUAGCUGCGCAACUUGUUGAGGAGAAGAAUUUUAAAAAGAGUAGAUUUCGCUGAAAAUUUUCCAAAAAUCCUAUUCAAGUUUCUUUUUUAAAAGAUUCAAUUUAAAAAUUCUAAGCACUGGUCAACUUUCCAGCACAUUUUGAAUAUGAGAAUAAAUUUAUUUAUUUUUUUGGCCAGAUGCAUUUUACCAGAAAAUUUUUGGUGUUGUUUUUAGUGGUAUCUUGUAUGAUAAUCGAGCAUGCUGAAACUAAUUUUUCUAUAUGUGAUACCUUCGAGGAAGCAUCGUGUAUUUUAGUAGCAAUUUAAUUUAUCAUGUUGGUGCACAAAAAAAUAUUGCCGUUAGCUGCUAAUUAUCUUUCACAAUGAAACAGCAAAUUUUUUUCUCUGCUAUGCUUUAUUUGAAACAACUACAAAUAUACACAUGAAAUAAUAAAAUACAAAAGCACUCUUGUAAGUGCAUCACAUGACAUUUGAAAAUAAUUGUGCGAAAUUACAUUUAGAAAGUGAGCAGAGGUGAAAACCUUUCCAAUUCACCGGCCGGCGAACAAUGAACGCGGUUAUUAUUAUUUGCAGAUUUCUUUGUGAUGCUCCGUGCGGAUGUGAGAAGCAGGUAAUUUCCGAUUGUAAAAAAUAAUUGAAUUAAUAAUAUACCAACUCAAUAGAAUUAUGCAAAACGUCAGCUGAUUGUAAUUAAAUUAAAUGUCGUCAAAUAUACUACCCCGUGUAAAUUAUUAUAGAUUUUUUUUGUGAAUGUAAAUAAGACGAAUAUUAACUAUUGUGUAAAUCGCUGUUAUUUCAAUGCAUAAUCGAUUAUUUGAUGUCCGCGAGAGAAGUUUAUUAGGUUCUGCUGUCAAAUAUGAGGAAUUUUUGGUAUUACAAAAACUAUUGCACAAAGGAAGAAACGUCAUCUGUGAAAUAAAACGCAUUUACCACUAUAAACAUGACAAUUACGAAAAACGAA